UGACAACAAUGUACGGCGACGUCGGCAACAAGCUGGUGCAACAUGCAAAGCGAACGCAGACGCUGCCUCAGCUGCCAGCCUACCAGACCGAACUCGUGCGCACCGUAGUCCGUGAAGUCCGCGAGCUCAACCGAGAAGUCAACACCCUACUCGAACCCUUCAGUGGCUCCUUCAACCCCUCUCAAGAACCCGCAACAGCAUGCGCUCUCCUCGUCAAUCAUCUCAGCAUGCGUCGCAACAAGCGCUGUCUCCUGGCCUACCACCGUGUUCGCACAGACAAGCUGGAAGACAUGUGCUGGAGGGGCAUCGACAUUAUUGGCACCGACCAGACAACUGCCGAGCCCCAAGCUAUGAAUGCAGAAGAUAGCAAGAGCAGUCUCAGCCCUGAAGAGGAGGAAUACGUUCGUCUAUACAGCGACCUCCUGGCUGCCUACAAGGGUCAAUGGACCGACAUUGACCUGACCGGAAGCCUUGAACCGCCCACCGACCUCUUCAUCGACGUCCGCGUCUUGAAGGACGCCGGUGAGAUUCAGACAGAAUAUGGGUAUGUCAAGUCAAACAUGUUCAGUGACCGUCUACUGACACAAUCCACCAGAGCCAUCAACCUCACAAAGAACAGUCAAUUCUACGUCCGCCAAGGAGAUGUCGAGC